AUGUUGGGCGUGAAAGCCCGUACGGGGAUUGGUAUCGUGGUAGCAUAUACUGCGUAUUCGACCUAUAUCCAGCUGAGAACGAGCUAUGAAAUCUCCGAACGUGCACGAGUUAAAUUGGUCGAGAGUGAUCUGGAAGAGGGCCAGAAGGCAGACUGGCCAGGAACUAAGUUCGGAUCUAUGAUUGUGGCUGGCAAGUAUGUAAAUCCAUUUCAGGAGUAUCGGACUCAGACUGUUUUUGAAUUCAUUUAUUGUAGAAUCACCGAACUGUUUCAUGCCAAACCUAGAGGAGGAGUUCCAUUAGAUCCCCAGCUAAUAUCUAAGGUGCUACCCACGAGAAUGCCUGAUUUUGACCUGUUGUUCCGAAAUGCAAAGGAGUAUCACAACAGAAGCAGAAAUGGCAGGGAAGGUGAUACUGUUCUUGAUUUGAAUGAUCUCGUCAGGAAUAAUGUCAAUGGCGGAGGUAAUGUUACUAGAAGUCAAUCUGGCGAGGAAAAGUCUCAUGACGACAGGCCAAUAGGACAUUGUCAUGGACGUAUUGGAGGAGGUGAUUUGGAAGUUGACAGUGGUUCGGAUUUAUUACCAGAUGUCAAUAACCGUCUUACUCUUACAUGGUUAGGUCAGAGUUGUGCUUUUGUUCAGUUUCCAGGAUUCAAUAUGCUUACAGACCCAUGUUUAGGUGAACAUCUAGUUUCGCAAUAUGUUGGACCGAAACGAAUCUCGCCUCCUCCAUGUGGUGUUAAAGACUUACCAAAGGUUGAUGUAGUGCUUGUCUCGCACGAUCAUCCUGAUCAUCUAGAGCUCGAAGUGGCUGACGAGAUAGGCAAUGAUGCUCUUUGGAUUGUUCCAGUCGGUGUCGGAAGUCACUUAGAGAAACGAGGUAUCACGAAUUACCGUGAGUUGGACUGGUGGCAGAAGAUUCGACUUCCUUUUGGAGGAGAAACUUCUGUUACUAACCAGAUUACCGACCAAGAGACUACUAAUGGUAGUACGAAUGGUAACAAUGUUGUGAAAAAGACCUCACCACAGCCUGUUUCUGGAUGGGAGGUGGCAUGUACACCUGCUAUGCACUGGUCUGGUCGAAAGAUGGUCGACUCGAAUGACACACUCUGGUGUUCAUUCAUGGUGCUGAACCAUAAUAAGCCCAUCUUCUAUCAUGCUGGCGACACUGGAUACUCACCUGAUCUGUUCACUGGUAUCCAAAAGGUGUUUGGUGGAGGCUGUCAGGUGGCCAUGUUGCCCUGUGGAGCGUAUACACCACGAUGGCAUCUUCGACCACAGCAUAUCGAUCCUUAUGAGGCCAUUCAGGUGAUGAAAGAUCUCGGUGCACACAAAAUGAUCGGUGUACACUGGGGAACAUUUGUUCUUUCAGACGAACAUUUCCUCGAACCACGGGAAAAACUCCACGCCAUUGCCAAACGCGAAAACAUCGAGCACAGCGUCAUCGCCCCCGAGUUCGGCCGAACCAUGGUAUUCCGACUCGACAACGACGAUGCCAGCCACGGAAGGAAAAAGUACAUCCGUGACGGACACUGUCUGCUCAUGGACUAG